GUUAGCUAGGGUGUCUAAGUUGCUGAAAAGAAAUCCAUUGCAUCCGAUGCGACUCAGUGCCAGCACAAUUAGAAAGUAUUCAUGGCAGUUUGGAGCAAAAACGGCGAUGCGGUCGCCCCGCUUGUAACCACGCUGAUACAGUGCUGUCGCCAAGGCAAUGGACUUCUUUCGAAGUUCGGCAAACGUCCAACAGUCUCUUUGAGUGCGGCUCUGGUAAACAACGACGGCAUGUUUGGAAGGAAGCCGUUUGGCAGUUGCGUCAAAAACCUCUGGCACGAACUUUCCCAUUCGCCCGAGUUUGCUACCAACCAUAUGCAGUGGGCUUCCGAUGAUCUAAAUAAAAAAUUAUCUGAAGUGCAGUUCCCCUUUUUGCCCUUAGACUAAGUAAAUACCGUUAUCUCGGAGAUACGACUUGGGUAUCCUGAGUUAAGAAUAUAACCCGUUCGUAAACCUGUGAGCUACAGUAAAGAGCUUAAGGAGCAGCCAAUCGAGAGGCUUUAUUUUUCCCUGCGAAAGCGAGAAUGGAUCGAAUGUGCGCAAUACAUAUGCCGCGCAGAAGCUACCGCCAUGGGCCUCAAACCUCCAUUUAUCCAUACUCGACACUUUCGGAGGUUUUUGACGCAACUGCAAAACGAUUACCAAACAAAACCGCAGUGAUUGUUUACCAGAGUCGAGCUGAAAGAGAAUGUUGGACAUUUUCAGAGCUUCAAAUAAAAUCCAUUGCCUUGGCGUCGGCACUGCAUCAACGAGGCUACAAGCGUGGUGACCGCAUGGCCAUAUUUGCUCCCAACUGCUCCGAAUACUUACCAGUUGUGAUAGCACUGAGUCGCAUUGGGUGCAAUGCUUUCCUUUUCAGCAACUUAAACAGCCUUGUUGGCGACGUUGAGCAGUACGCCUGCCGCGCUUUGGUCAUGUACGUCGGAACCAUCAAAGAAAGAAAGGCAUGCGAAGAAAUAGCCAAGACGACAACGCAAAUUAUCACCUUCGGUCCAAACUCUGUCGGCAUUGCCGGGUCUUCUGUUUGCCUGAGUACACUGGUUGAAGAAGGACAUGCUCUAGGUUACCAUCAGCUGCCAGCCGCGGAAAACUUCACCCCGGAUGAUCCGCUCUUUGUCUUCUUGACGUCUGGCUCCACAGGAAAACCAAAAUGUGUACAGUACACACACAGUUCGUUUCUUCGUUUCUCCUCUUUCAGCAAAACGAUGGCAGUUACAGAAGACAGUUGUUUCUUCAACGACCGGCCAAUGACGUGGAUCGGCGGGAUGAACACUCUGCUCACGAUAGCUGUUUUUGGAGCAACGUCAAUAACCAUGAAUACGGCUUUAGUCGUUUCUGAAAGAGAUGUCGACUGUGUUAUGGGUAUAUUAAAGACGGAGCGAUGCACGCACGCAGUAAUGAUGCACUAUUUCAUGGUUGAUCUACUCGCCCGAGACGACCCUUCGCUGCUCGACGUACCUAGUCUUCAGUAUAUACUCACAGGUGGGCAAAUACUGGACAUGAACGUCGCAAAAGAUAUCAUGCUACUUUUUCCUCACGCGAAGCACAUGAUUAAUGGCUAUGGUUCAACUGAAGUUGGCGUGGCCUCCAUAAGACAGUUCACAGGCAAACCGUGCUCAGAAUACAUGGUAAUCAGUGAAGGUGUUGAAAUAAAGCUGAUUGAUGAAAAUGGUCUAGAUGUUCCUCCUGACACAGAAGGAGAGCUAUGCAUCCGCUCUCCUUGGAUCUUACCCAAAUGCUAUGUAGAUAACGAAGAAGCAUCACGAAAAGCAUAUGACGGUACAGGUUGGUUCCACACUUCAGACAUAGCAAUCAUGAACACUGAUGGAGAAAUCAAAAUCUGCGGCCGUAAGGACGACAUGAUAAAACGUGCGACUAUCAAGGUAUUCCCUGCAGAAGUUGAGAAUGUUAUCUCAGAGCAUCCUGCUGUUAAACAGGUUGUCGUUGUGGGUGUACCGGAUGCUAGGCUUGGAGAAGAGCUCUGCGCAUGUGUUGUUUUGAACGAAGGGUGUGAAGCAAAAGGCCUGCAAGAAUGGUGUAAGGAUCACUUUUCGGUGGGCCCUGACGGCAUGUCACUGGCACCAAAGUACUUCGUUGUAUGUACGGAUUUCGCAACUACAGUCACUGGAAAAACGGACAGAAAAUCAGUGAGGCAACUGGCAAUGAAGAAGCUAAACAUGCAGUGACAGUUUUACCGUAACUUAAGAAAGUUGCAAAACCGUAACUUAAGAAAGUUGCAAAACACGCGAAUUUUAAUGAAAUAAUUAUGUGAUGAUAUUGAGCUGGCAUUAAAAAAAUGCAAAAAAAAAUGUUAUUAUAUCCUUAUUGCCCUAUAUAC